CACAAGCCGGCUUAGUAUGGGCAUCUAUGGCGGCAACGGACGUGCCGCUAGCGACGAGCAGCGUGCCAUCAUCAACGAGCAUCAUUUUAAUAACCUGGUCAGCAGCAAGCGGAACAAGCGCUCCCUCAGCUCUACACGCAUUGAGAAGGACAAGUGCGACGAAUACAACACGAAGUUGCUGCGAAAGACGAGCGUUGUUGCCGCUGCCGCAGCGGCAGCAGCAGCAGCAGCGGCAGCUGCAGCCGCUGCUUCCACAAUGAGCAAAAGUAACAUAAACAGCCACAACAAUAACAACAAUAAUAGCGGCAGCAGCAGUAAACAUAAUAGUAACAGCGGCACACCCACAACCAGCAUUGGAGGCGGCAGUUUUAGGCUUUCGCGUCGAAUCUUUGCCGAGUCGGGCUCAUCAGCCUCCACAUCAGCUUCCAAUUCUGGGAUACCGACACCAACGCAACCACCAUUGUUGCCCUGGCAGCAUCAACAUCCUCCGCGUGGAGCCAGUCGCCUGACCACAGAACGCGAGCAACAGCAGCACCUAAAGCUGCGCAAGAAGAUCAGCUACUAGGCGGGAUUCCCCCAACCUUAUAGUGAGAGAGUCAAAGCUAAAACCGGCUGCUGAAAUUGUUAUUGUUGACAUUUAUUUUGUAAUGAAAAUCUUAUAGAUUAAUAGUAAAAUUUACACUAGGCCCACAAAUGAAA